AAAGAAGACGUGAGGAGGAAACACAUCCGUCUGCACAUGGAAGGGGCGCUGACUGCCCGAGACAAGGUCGGGGUUCAGGAUUUUGUGCUAUUGGACGCGUACACCAGCGAAUCUGCCUUUGUCGACAACCUCCGCAAGCGUUUCAGCGAGAACCUCAUAUAUACAUAUAUUGGUACCCUCCUUGUGUCCGUGAAUCCAUACCAGGAGCUCGGAAUCUACACUGUGAGCCAGAUGGAACUUUAUCAAGGGGUCAAUUUCUUUGAACUGCCACCACAUGUCUACGCUAUAGCUGACAACGCUUACCGAAUGAUGUGCUCUGAACUAAAUAACCAUUUCAUCCUCAUUUCUGGAGAGAGUGGGGCAGGGAAAACGGAGGCCUCCAAGAAAAUUCUCCAGUAUUUUGCAGUGACCUGCCCAAUGACCCAGUCACUACAAAUAGCCCGUGACAGACUGCUGCUCUCCAACCCAGUGCUGGAGGCUUUUGGAAAUGCCAGAACGCUCCGGAAUGACAACUCCAGCAGAUUUGGGAAAUACAUGGAUAUACAAUUUGAUUUUCAGGGCAUUCCCGUAGGUGGGCAUAUCAUCAGUUACUUGAUAGAGAAGUCCCGAGUUGUCUACCAAAACGAAGGUGAGCGGAAUUUCCACAUCUUCUACCAGCUGCUGGCAGGUGGCGAAGAGGAGCGCCUGGCUUACCUGGGACUCGAGCGAGAUCCCCAGCUGUAUAAAUACCUCUCACAGGGUCAUUGUGCCAAAGAGUCAUCCAUUAAUGACAAGAAUGACUGGAAAACUGUUUUCAAUGCCUUUUCUGUCAUUGAUUUUACUGAAGCUGACCUUGAGAAUCUCUUUGGAAUUAUUGCCAGUGUCUUACACCUGGGGAACAUUGGUUUUGAAGAAGACGACCAAGGCUGUGCCACUAUCCCAGACACCCACGAGAUCAAGUGGAUAGCCAAGCUCCUGGGGGUCCACCCAUCAGUCCUUCUGGAAGCUCUCACCCACAGAAAAAUUGAAGCCAAAACUGAGGAGGUGAUCUGCCCAUUGACACUAGAACUCUCUGUCUACGCUAGAGAUGCAAUGGCGAAGGCUGUUUAUGGACGAACGUUUACUUGGCUGGUCAACAAAAUCAAUUCCUCCUUAGUUAACGAGGAUUUCACCAGGAAAACUGUAAUUGGAUUACUGGACAUCUAUGGGUUUGAAGUCUUUGACAAGAAUGGUUUUGAACAGUUCUGUAUAAAUUACUGCAAUGAGAAACUCCAGCAACUGUUAAUUGAGAGGACUCUAAAAGCAGAACAGGCAGAAUAUGAAAUGGAAGGCAUAGAGUGGGAGCCAAUUAAAUAUUUCAACAACAAGAUCAUCUGUGAUUUGGUAGAAGAGAGACAUAAAGGAAUCAUAUCCAUUCUGGAUGAAGAAUGCAUUCGGCCUGGUCCUGCUACAGACUUGAGUUUCCUGGAGAAAUUGGAAGAGAAAGUGGGCAAACAUGCACACUUCGAAACCCGUAAGCUGGCUGGUCCAAAGGGCCGAAAGAGGAUUGGCUGGAUGGAGUUCCGACUCCUCCACUAUGCAGGAGAGGUCACAUACUGCACCAAGGGAUUCUUGGAAAAAAACAAUGAUCUUCUUUACAGACAUCUGAAAGAAGUGCUGUGCAAGUCCAAGAACGUUAUCCUGAGGGAAUGCUUCCUGCUGGCCGAGUUAGAAAACCGGAGGAGGCCCCCAACAGUGGGGACUCAGUUUAAAAACAGUCUAAGCAGCCUUCUAGAAAUCCUCAUCUCUAAGGAGCCCUCCUACAUCCGUUGCAUCAAGCCCAAUGACAGGAAAGAACCCAAUAAAUUUGAUGACUUCCUUAUAAGGCAUCAGAUCAAAUACCUGGGGCUGAUGGAGCACCUGCGGGUGAGACGGGCCGGCUUUGCAUACCGAAGGAAAUACGAGCAUUUCUUGCAAAGGUACAAGUCCUUAUGCCCAGACACCUGGCCGCACUGGCACGGGCCUCCAGCAGAGGGCGUGGAACGGCUGAUCAAGUACAUCGGCUACAAACCCGAGGAAUACAAGUUAGGCAAAACCAAAAUAUUCAUUCGUUUCCCCAGAACUCUGUUUGCUACCGAAGAUGCCUUUGAAUUUAGUAAACAUCAACUAGUUGCAAGAAUCCAAGCCACAUACAAACGCUGCCUAGGAAGGAGAGAAUACGUGAAAAAAAGACAAGCAGCCAUCAAACUGGAAGCCCACUGGCGUGGGGCCCUGGCUCGGAAGGCAAUCCAAAGGAGAAAGUGGGCUGUGCGGAUUAUCAGAAAGUUCAUUAAAGGAUUCAUCAGUCGCAACAAACCCCUCUGUCCUGACAACGAGGAAUUUAUCGUGUUUGUGCGGAAGAAUUACAUCUUGAAUCUCCGGUAUCACCUUCCAAAGACUGUCCUGGACAAGAGCUGGCUGAGGCCUCCUGGCAUCUUGGAAAAUGCAUCAGAUCUACUCAGGAAAAUGUGCGUGAGGAACUUGGUGCAGAAAUACUGCCGCGGGAUCACAGCUGAGCGGAAAGCGAUGAUGCAGCAAAAGGUAGUUACAAGUGAAAUCUUCAGGGGAAGGAAAGACGGCUACACAGAAAGUUUAAAUCAACCCUUUGUCAACAGUCGGAUAGAUGAAGGAGACAUUAAUCCGAAAGUGCUUCAGCUAAUUAGCCAUGAGAAAAUCCAGUAUGGUGUCCCGGUCAUUAAAUAUGACAGAAAAGGCUUCAAAGCACGGCAGCGGCAACUCAUUCUUACUCAGAAAGCAGCUUACGUGGUGGAACUUGCCAAAAUCAAGCAGAAAAUAGAGUACUCAGCUCUCAAAGGUGUCUCCACUAGCAAUCUGAGUGAUGGAAUCUUAGUCAUUCAUGUUUCACCAGAGGACAGCAAGCAAAAGGGGGAUGCCGUUUUGCAGUGUGGACACGUGUUUGAAGCAGUUACUAAACUUGUCAUGCUGGUUAAGAAGGAGAACAUUGUCAGUGUUGUUCAAGGAAGUUUACAGUUUUUUAUUAGUCCGGGAAAAGAAGGCACAAUAGUUUUCGACACUGGACCAGAAGAACAAGUCUAUAAAAAUAAAAAUGGACAAUUAACAGUGGUGUCAGUCCGGAGGAAGUCCUGAUAGAGGAUGACGUCUGACCUCUGUCAUCGCCAUUUUUGCUCCAACUGAGGAAACUACAGGGGAAGUGGGGAUUGGAUCCAGUUAGCUACCUCUUCAAGGUACCAGGCCCGUGGCACUAACAGAUCACAUCUGAAGAAACUGAGGGGCGUUAGGCCAAAGCCUAAUCCCAGCUUCUCAGCUGCCCCGUGGCACCUUAUUAAAAUGUCACCUUCUGGAAGCAGACCCCAGGUCACCCGAAGGCGUAAUUCUAAACACCCUCGACAGGAUCUAUGUUCAGUGCGCACUCCAACGUGUCAUUAGAGGGUGGGCAAGAUUCUCUACCUCUGUCAAGCUGCCCUGAGACAUGAUGAAAUACUGUGUACAGCAAGUUCUCAAAUAACAUUUCAUUAUAUGUUGAUAAGACAUCUGAUUUCUGGGCAGGGCCACUGUCUGGGUGGAGUCUGUAUGUUCUCCCCAUGUCUCUGGGUUUCUUCUGGGUGCUCUGGUUUCCUCCCACGUCCCCAAAGUGUGUGUGUCGGGUGCACUGGCGUGUCUGUGUGGUCCCAGUCUGAGUGAGUGUGGGUGCGUGAGCCCCGUGAGAGGAGGACGUCCUGUCCAGGGUGGGUCCCGCCUUCUGCCCUGAGCUGCUGGGAUUGGGCUCUGGCCAUCUGCAACCCUGAACGUGCAGGUUGGAGAACGAAUGAAUACAAAUUUUAUUGUAAAAUAAAAAUGUAUAUAAACCAUAUGAGCACACAAAUGGACAAUAAAUGCCACAGCGCAAAAGCGUGUAGCGAGCCUGCCACGCUUGUGACUGGGGAGGGGCUCCUUAUAAUUUCACUUUUGCAAGCGUUUAUUCAGUGAUUUAUGCAGCCGCCACUGUGACCACCAACACUCACCGAUUCACCGAAACUUAGGUAAUGAUCUUCUUUUUGAUUUAAUUAAAUACAGGUGUAGCUCAUGUAUUUCACUGUUUAAUAUGAGAAGUGCUUUGGUCUUUAUUUAGAAGUUGGGUGAUGUUUUUGUGCCCAGCAACAUGCUGUAGGAAUUUAACUCUUGUUUACAUCCAUUAGCCUCAUGGUUUUGCUUCAAGUCUCAGUUUCCAAGAACCUAUCAAUGACUUACUGUGCAUGGUCUGAGACUAAGUAAAAGGAAAUUUCCUAAAGCUGUGAAAUUUGAAUUUUGCUUUAAAUAAAUGGAACUCAGAUGUGUCAAGGGAUUGGGUUUGGUGCACUGAAGCCCUCUGCCCCAUAGUAGUAAAUCAGUGGUAACACCAGCUGAUUCAUUCUUUUUCAUGAGCCAGGCAGCCUUUGACCCCAAGACUUCCUUUUGGUGUUUGAAUUCAAACACUACAGAAACAUGACUCGUCUUUCCCUGCCACCUGGAGUGACUUUAAGGGGAUGAGGCAGAACGUGGGGGCCCUGCCUUUGUUGUAAACCAUACUUUAGGGGCCCGGUUAUGCCUGAAAAGACCCAGAAAACAGAAGCAUUUUAUGACUUUUAUUUUAUACGUCCACAAAUGUUUGCACAACAUACAGUGGCUACAUCUAAAACUUUGAGCAUUUUUUUAUGGCGCAAAGAGACAGAAAGGUUAAUGACACACUUAACUGUGUUACAGUGACUUUGGGUAGAGCCCUAAAGACAGCACACACUCAGAGGGUGGGCUGAGUGUUGUUCACACUCGGGUCCUGAAUCGCUGUUGUAAGGUACAGAGACACACUUUAACUGGGGAAUGGGGUCCCCGCACAGUGAUCGCCCGACAGGAGGGUGACAGAAUAUGCUAGGAAUUGUCUUGGACAUGGGCCCCAGUCACCACAAUCAGAUGGCUUAUUUGAAACAAAAAAAAAAAACCCUUGAUUACAACACACCAAAGCUGUUCCAAUUUGUAAAAAAUUGUAGUUAUUACAUUGCAAUGAAAUCUGACUCUUUACCAAAUCUUGGGCCGAUGUUUUACUUGGAUAGUGCUUACAUUAUAAAUAUUGGCUUUUGCCCUUAGUGCUAACAUAAGAAAAAUCAGUUCCUUGUAUACUCAAUAACAGAGCUUGGACCAGCCAAUGCUGUCUAUGCACUCAUGGCUGUAAUGCAGCCGACAGAAUUGUUCACCAUGGAAUGUUUUAUAAACCUGUUCAUAUUCCAGAGAGACAGACUCAAAACUACAGGUGCA